AUGAAGCUUCUAAUCUUGGCCUUUUUUAUUGCUGGCGCCUACGGCUGCGGUCUGCCCACCUUCCCCCCGAUCCUGAGCAGGGUGGUCGGUGGAGUUGAUGCCAGGCCCCACAGCUGGCCCUGGCAGAUCUCACUCCAGUACCGCGGCAGCACCGGAGCUUACUACCACACCUGCGGAGGUACCCUCAUCUCCAGCCAGUGGGUGCUCACCGCAGCUCACUGCAUCAGCAGCCGCAACACCUACAGAGUGUACCUGGGCAAGCAGAACCUGGGGGUGGCCAACGAGCCCAGCUCUAUAGCCCUGAGUCCUGCCAAGAUCAUCGUCCAUGAAAACUGGGACGCCGACAGAAUUCGUAACGACAUCGCCCUCAUCAAGCUGGAGAGGGAAGUUGCCACCACAGACACCAUCAUACCCGCCUGUCUUCCACCCUCCGGCAAAAUCCUAGCCAACAACGCACCCUGCUACGUGACUGGCUGGGGACGCCUCUGGACUGGUGGUCCCAUCGCUGACAACCUGCAGCAGGCCCUGCUCCUCGUGGUCGACUACGCCACCUGCAGCCAGCCCGACUGGUGGGGCAGCCUGGUGACUCAGAACAUGGUCUGCGCCGGCGGUAACGGCCAGCAGGCCAGCUGCAACGGCGACUCCGGCGGACCCCUGAACUGCCAGAACAUCGACGGCACCUGGGACGUGGACGGCAUCGUGAGCUUCGGCUCCAGCCUGGGAUGCAACUACCCCAAGAAGCCCUCGGUCUUCACCCGCGUCAGCGCCUACAUCAGCUGGAUCAACAACGUGAUGGUCAGUAACUAA